AUGGCGGAGCAGGCCAAGGAUAAUUUGAAGAAGGCGGCACAUGACCCCAACGGUGUCGUUGUAUACGACAACUUCAAUCUCAAGAGUAACGUUCGCGAGCUUGUCGGCGGUAAAAAGGCAUCGAUGAUUAAUCUUACCACCGCUUCUCUUGUCGGCUGUCCCGAGCUCAACGGCCCUCUCAUGCAGUCUUCACUCGACCACCUGACACAACCAUUCACCCGCGAGAUGGUUGUCAAAUACCUUCUUCCAAGACGCAAGACCUUCGACAAAGCGUCCAAGUCCUGCUUAUCAUCCAUGAAAGCAGUCCGUCAAGGGGAUUACGGCCUGGUCAAGGACAUCAUUACCAUGCUUCCAGUCCUCUUCUGGGGCAGCCGCGGCACCAACUACGGCCCUGAGAUGCUGUAUUUUGCCUGGCCUUUGCAUCCAAAUGUCAGCAAGGAUGAAGUUACCCGCAAUGCGAUUCUGAAGGGCGGUCUAGUUCGCUGUACUACUGCUGGUAGUAUGUACAAGGCCAUUGGUCUUAUGCAGGAGCAUAUCCACGCUGGAUAUGCUCAUGACAUCAAGACGAAUCGGAACUCGACGCAUGAUAUCGAGGCAACCUUCAGCCGGCUAGCCGUCAAUGGCGCAUAUCUGGUUACAAUUCGCCGGUCGGUUGAGAGAGUCUUUGGCAGGCAACAGAAAGGCGCGCAUGCGGCUGGCGACCCUGCGACUGAUAUCAUAUCUUAUGCUUGCAAGCUGUAUAAGGAUGGGAUGCCACGCCGGGCUUCUGAGGGUCGCCCCGACGCCUUCGAUGCACCUGAUCUACGGGUAAAAGGUCAGCAGAAUCUUCUGAAGAAAUUGGAUGACUUCAACGACGUUAUUCCAGAGCCAAAAGAUGCUGCAGAUCAACGAAGUCUUCCGGGAGUUGGCAGUGGGCUGGGCGAGAUUGAGAUUGACUGGGCGGGCGAAGGAGAGCGGUUGUUUAACGUUGACGAUGAUCUCUGGGCGGAUGGCUUGGAUGACUUGGGCAUAGCAUUCUAA